UAUAUUUACUAACUUUAACCUUUGAACUCCACAGCUGGACUUGCUUUGGCAAACACCAAAAUGUACAGUUUAACGAGACAUUUCCCCUGUUUUUCCCGGUCCUUUCGGGCACUAGAAAGGUUAAUGACGUUACCCAACAAUAGGAGGCUGUGUCGAGAAACAUCAACGUACGUCCAUAACAUCAGGGCCGUUCAAAAACUCAAGGAAAACGACGAUCUGUGCAAAGAUGCGCUGGAGCGCGCUGUGUUCACAGUUCUGUACGAUUUGAAGCCGCUUUUGGUGAAGGCAACUGGGAGGAGAGGUCUAACUAUACCGUGGUGGGAGACAAACGAGUUGAUGCACAAGCUGUUUCAACUUAGAAUGGAUCCAGAAGCUAUCCUACCACAAUGUAUCUUGCUGAACGGGUGUAGCGAACAGCCCACAGCAAGGUUUGCCUUCAACAUUUCCAGCAAGAAGCUCGCUGGGACAAAAGACGUGUCCUCUGACCUUCAGACACAAGUAGAGGAGACUUUUGGUGCUUCUGUUUUCAACAUCCGUAAAGCAUUGUUUGUGGUAUCACCUGCAGAGGGGCAAGUGAUGUCACAGGCUCAUUCUCUCCUAUCGUGGCACGCCUCCCACCAGUUCUGUUCACAAUGUGGGGGAAACACCACCAAGAACCUGGCAGGCAGCAAACGUAGAUGCUCAGGGUGUGAGGCAGAACACUACCCUCAGAUGGCCCCAGUGGGUAUUGUCCUGGUGACCCACGAGGAUAACUGUCUGUUAGCCAGACAGAAACAGUUUGCACCUGGCAUGUACAGUGCACUAGCAGGCUUCUGUGACAUAGGAGAGUCCUUGGAAGACACGGUGAGGAGGGAGGUAGCUGAGGAGGUUGGACUGGAGGUGGACUCUGUUUCCUACAUGUCCUCCCAACACUGGCCCUUCCCAGCAAGCUCCAUUAUGUUUGGCUGUUAUGCAUCUGUCAAGUCUAUGGAGUGGAAUAUAGACCUGGACAAAAAUGAGCUGGAGGAUGCCAAGUGGUUCAGUCUGCCGGCGGUUCAGGUUGGCUUGUUGGCAGGUCCCCUGGGAUUCAACAAGUCAAAGGACACCUCCGAGUCCGUCCCGCUGUGGCUACCACCCCGCGAAGCCAUCGCUCAUCAACUCAUUAAGAACUGGGUAGAGUUUAAGAUAAAUAAGAGAAAAUUUCCUUGAAUGAUGACUAGACAUCAGGAUAGGGCAUUACAUAGGAAGAAAUAUAACCAGCAACUGGGUAAGUUCUAAGAGAGGAGACUCAAAGUGUGAGGAGUCUGACUGUAGCAGCAGCACAGACAUUGGAGAAGCCAGGAUUGGUGGCUCGAGAACAGAUACAAACAACAUUGUAUGGCCUGCAGUAGAGACUACUACUCCUCAGGCAUAUACGACCACUAACAACAUAACAAAGGGUGCUUGUUGCAUCCAGAUCCAUGAUUUAUCAUGGAUACAAUAGCACUCUUUUGACCUCAAAUACUUGAGUUGAAAAAGUUCCCUUUAUACUUGAUUUACUUUUACAGCAUAUUUUGAGCAUGGAAAGUGAUCAAUGCAUAGCUGAACUUUUAACCCCAGCUUACUUUGGGUAUCCAUUCUAGGCUGCCCACCAUCUCUUGCAGGAAAAAAUUAAGUACAUAAUAAUAAUACAGAUAACUGUGUUUGGGAAUCUAGCUAUAAGAACAACCAAAUUUCAAGUUUCAUCAACCUCUCAAAUUUUUGUAAAUUCUACCUCAAGAAAUAUUGAAUACUAAAUGAAGGUGUGAGAGCACAAGGCAAUCAUGGUUUGUAAUUGUGCCAUUUGUUGACAUGUACAUGUACAUGUGUAAAAACAGGAUUUGAUGAACUCCUAGCAGUCAUGGACAUGGACACUGGACAUGCCAGCAGUCAUCUCAUUUGCUCAAUCAUGAUGACUACUAUAUAAGUCAUGAUGAUAACUUUAUUUACUCCAUAACAUUGCUCUAUAUAAAUAACUUACUCCACUCUGCUCUGUUUUAGUAUACCAGUUAAUCAUAUUAAAUUGAUGUAAUGAAAUUCAACAUUAUUCAUUACACAAAUACUACUACGAAUUUUGUAUGUACUUUUUUGCAUCUCGGAUAUUGUAAUCACCAGCUAUCGCAGAUGAAAUUUGGAUUGCACACAAUUUACAUUUUGUAGUGAAACAGGUAACAAACACAUUUUUAGUCUCAUAACUUAGUAAGUUUGGAUAAAAAGAUGCAAGUUCUGGUAGCAAACACAUUGUCAUUACCUGUUUAUCAAAGUUUUGGAAGUUUAUAAACUGCUCCACCCAGGACAGUUACUCACUUAUAAUGGCUUACUCACAACAAUGUCUCUGUUCGAGUACUAGGCCCAUUGGAAGUAAGUACGUCAGAUCAGCUCUUUGACAGUGCCAAAAGUUCCCAGAAACUCUAAAAUACUUACCGGAUGUUUGAAAUUCCCGAUGUCUUUCUUGUUUUGGAGUGCAUCCAUCUCGUACACUAUAAUAUUUUGUGACGUCAUGAUAGUUCUCGUUCUCAGGAUCAUACUCACAAGUCAUAAUGACGACAAACAAAGCGGAACAAUUGCCCUUUAGAAUGCUUUUUGAGUAACAAUCACAUAAUUUUGAUACACACAUUUCACCACGCCACGAAGGGGCCCUGGCCUCUUCUGUCUGUAAAUUUCACAAUUAUUUUGAUCUACAUCUCGUUUAGCUUGGUGAUCGCUGAAGUCAUGUCGAAGGUCAAUGUAGGAGACGAGUGCUCGCAGGAGAAAUUCCAAAGUGGAGACCCCGUCAGACUGAACCGUAAACGUGCGGUACUGAGUCUGGGUCAUGACGGCAAGCCGCUGACCAAGAGUCCCUCAGACACGCUUGUGGAAGUCAAGUCGAGUGAGAAGCUGGUAGACAAGGACAGCGGCAUCUCCAUGUCUGAGAUGACCAGCCCGGACGACGGGUGUAUCCCACCAAGAACAGUCAAGGCGAAUCACUGUCUUACUUUGGAAGGGAUUCCUGCUUUCGAGUUUGCCAUCUUGGAUCGUGAAAGACAGAGAGACAGCGAACAGAAGAAGGUCAACAUGAGAGCUGUGAAGAACGUGUACCACCUGGACUAACACCGUGGGACUAAUGCUGGGGUCACAAUUCCCAUACGGGGCCCGACCGGGCAGCUUUUGGGAACGAACACUACGAUACAGAAGACAACAAAACAUCGAAAAGUUCUUAAUAACAAUCAUGGGCUCCAUUUCUCUAUAUUCUUGAUAAGAAUAGUUAACUUUUCAUUCGUACAAACAGCCCGGCCGGGCCCCGGUUUGGAAAUGUGACCUAAGCAUAACCCGUCCGGCUAGCUAGGAUUCACGUUUUUUCUGUCGGGAGACGUUCAGAUAUCACCUGUUUCGCAUUUCUGUGGGUUCUGGCUCUAAAUAAACAAGAAAA